ACUCUGUGCCAAAAUAGUAAUUGUUUUACGAAAGCAAGACCCAAUUAUCACAUUGCACAUUUGUUAUCGAAUAGUAUUCUUCGUAAAUAAACAACAACAACAACAACAACAACUUUAUAACCUUGUUACAAGUCUACAUAAAUACACUGUUCUCAAUGUUAACAAACUUAUAGGUUAUGAUAUAUUCAAAUAAAAAAUGUUUAUAAGAAGAAUGCUCUUUAAUCUUACAACAAAAUAUAACGUUUCGUAUUUAAACUUAAUAAAUCAACAACGAAAUUUAUAUUCGCUUUGUGAAGAAAAGUAUUGUCUCCCUUCGUUAAUUUUAACGAAUGUAUCACAAUAUUCGAGUGACAGCCCGUUAAAAUGCUGGAACUGCAAUUUUACCUAUAAAUCCGAUCUAUUUUGCUCAAAGUGUAAAGUUUUACAAGAAGCGCCGGAAAAUAUAACUUAUUUCGAUAUAAUAGGCAUUCCACAAAGUUAUGAUGUACAAAUCAAAGAAAUUCAAAAGAAAUACAAGGAACUUCAAAAAUUAUUGCAUCCUGAUAAAUUCAGUAAUAAGUCUGAGGCAAAGAAACAACUCUCUGAAAAUUUAUCAUCAUUGGUAAACAAAGCUUAUAGUACAUUAUCUCAUCCAUUGAAAAGAGGGCUAUAUAUGUUGAAAUUAAAUAACAGAACAAUAUCUGAAGAAACAGAUAAUAUGAAUGCAGAAUUUUUAAUGGAAAUCAUGGAAAAGAAUGAGGAAAUAGAUGAUGCAUUAAAUGAUUAUAAAAAAAUUAAGAAAUUGAUGGACGAAAAUGAGGCUAUGUUAAAUAAUUUGUCGAUGGAAAUUUCGGAUGCAUUCAGGGAAAAAAAUAUGGAAAAAGCAGAAAAUAUUCUUAUAAGAAUGAAGUAUUAUGAUAGCAUACAUACUAGAAUAAAAAAGUUGAAACAUGAUUUAGGUAUUGUAGAAUGAAUGUAAAUG